CCAUCUUCCAGUUCGAAUCCAACUUCCUGUUCGAUCCCAUUUUUCCUGUUCGAAUCCAUCAUGUCACGUGCACAGCCACAUUCAUCCAUGCAUGCGAGUGACAGCAUCUUGGGGCCCAUGCCGUCACGUGUGCCAUCUGACUCGAAUGCUGCUGCUCAUGGCCAUGGAUCAAAUGAACCAUCUGCUGCUGCUCAUGGCCAUGCAUCACAUGACCCAUCUGCUGCUACUGCUGCUCUGUUCCAUCCACUACAGGCACCGCCGCCUCAGGCACCGCCGCCACAACCACCACAUACACCUGCACGCAUUGCAUCACAUAACACUUCAUCGGGGCAUUCGAGGAGGAAUGUCGUCACACCUGUGGAUGGAGGUGGGCAGCCGUCCAGCCGUCUCGCUGCGGCGAAUGCACAGGCGACGAUUACGGCAUGGCGGGCGUCCGAGAGGUUGCAGGGAGACCGUGGCGGCCCCAGCGCAUCCAGCAGGCCUGCUGCUGAGCGGCCGGACCACACCCUCUCUUUGCGUGAAGUCGUGGCCGACCCCAACCGGCUGAAGAGCAUGCAGCUGCGCAUGGGGAGCCGUAUCCCCACAUCCCCAAGCACGAAUGCCCGCGCCGUUCUCGGUGCCCAUCCAUUCGCUGACGUGGGUCGACGGGGCUCUGGGGUCUCCACAGAGAGAGACGCUGCUGGGCUGUCGGACGGGUCGGACAGGUCGAUUCAGAGAGACAGAGACAGGCGGAG